AUGCCGGGCGACCAAGAUCUUCUCCGCCCACUGGCGAUUGUGGGCUUGUCGUUCAAGUUCCCAGGGGACGGUGUUGAUGCUGAGUCAUUCUGGGACAUGAUCGUGAAGGGAAGGUGCGCUGCAACCGAGUUUCCUCCCGACAGACUCAACAUUGACGCCCACUAUCACCCCGACUCCAACCGUCUGGAUAGCUUGUCUGUCAGGGGAGCCCACUUUAUGAAAGAUGACCUUAGUCUCUUCGAUGCGCCCUUCUUUUCCAUCACUGCGGCCGAGGCCGAGGCCAUGGACCCUCAGCAGCGGUUGGUCUUGGAAACCUCUUACCGCGCUCUCGAGAAUGCCGGUAUUACAAUGAACCAAGUGGCCCGCUCAAAGACGUGCGUCUUUACAGGGUCCUUCGGGCAUGAUUACGAAACUCUCCAGAACAAGGACCCGCAGGCGUUGCCCAAAUUUGAAGCAACGGGAACCUCGAUGAACAUGCUGUCCAACCGCGUGAGCUGGUUCUUCGAUCUCAACGGCCCCAGUGCUACCGUCGACACAGCCUGCUCCAGCAGUUUGAUGGCGAUUGACUUGGCCUGCCAGUCGAUCUGGAGUGGUGACUCUGCCAUGGGCAUGGCCAUUGGCAGUAACGCCAUCAUAGCCCUAGAGAUUGGUCUGAGCCUGAACAAUCUCGGGCUCUUGUCCCCCGAUGGCCGCUGUUAUAGUUUUGACCGUCGGGGGAACGGGUAUGCCCGCGGUGAAGGUGUCGGGGUGUUGGUCAUCAAGCCCGUAAACGAUGCCAUCCGCGACGGCGACACCAUUCGAGCUGUUAUUCGGGCCUCUGCUUCCAACCAGGACGGGAGGACUCCAGGGAUCACAUUACCAAAUAUGGCGAUGCAGAGAGCCCUGAUACAAGAUACCUAUCGCAAGGGUGGUUUGGACAUGGCAGACACUCGGUAUUUCGAGGCCCAUGGAACAGGAACAGCGGUUGGCGAUCCGAUCGAGAGUAAAGCCAUCGGUUCGAUAUUUCGGUCUUACCGGACCAAUGAAGAUCCCUUGUAUAUAGGAUCGGUGAAAUCUACCAUCGGUCAUCUUGAAGGAGCUGCUGGGGUGGCAGGAGUUAUAAAAGCCAUACUUGCCCUGGAAAAUGGAGUGAUACCCCCAAACAGCACCAACUAUGAGAGUUUGAAUCCUCGUAUUGACGAUGAGUUCCUUCAUAUCAAGAUCCCCAAUAAGCCCAUCGCGUGGCCGACAAAUGGCCUUCGACGAGCGUCAGUCAGCUCUUUUGGAUUUGGCGGCUCCAACUCGCAUAUUAUCUUGGACGAUGCCUACAACUUUCUUCGUCUUCGUGGCCUCCAGGGAAGUCACAAUACCAGUCCAAGCCCAUUUUCGCGUUUGCACUCUGCAGGCCAGAGUAAUGGAAUAAGCAACUCCCUAUGUUUGGAGGCUUCAAAAGAGGAGAAUGAUUUGCCGAAGCUUUUAGUAUGGUCGUCUGCUGAUGAAAAGGGACUCGCUCGUAUCCAAGAGUCCUGGAGGCCGUUUUUCUCAAAAAGUGCGCCCAAGAACACAAAAGAGUAUUUAUAUGACCUCUCUUACACGCUUGGGAGUCGUCGAACCCAGUUUCCGUGGAGAUCAUUUGUGCUUGCACGCUCUUCCGAUGACUGGAGUCUGAUACCGGACAAGUUCACCCCGGCGUCUCGCGCUCACACCUCGCCCAAUCUGGCUUUGGUAUUUUCUGGGCAAGGGGCUCAAUGGUAUGCAAUGGGCCGCGAGCUGCUCUCCGCUUACGCGGUUUUCUACGAGAGUAUCAAGUCGGCAGGGAUAUAUCUACGGUCACUGGGGUGCAGCUGGAACAUCCUUGAUGAGCUUCAGCGGCCAGAGUCGGAGUCUCUGGUCAACCAGCCAGAGUACAGCCAGACCAUGACCACUGCCUUGCAGGUGGCUCUGGUAGACCUCCUUCGGAGUUGGAACCUGGUACCACGCGCCGUUGUGGGUCAUUCUUCGGGGGAGGUUGCUGCAGCAUACUCCGCUCAAGCUAUCUCUCAGCAAUCAGCUUGGAAGGUAGCGUUUUACCGUGGGAAGCUCAGUGGCAAACUCAUUACCCAUAGCCCUCGAAAGGGAACGAUGCUAGCCGUGGCCCUUUCGGCAGAGGAUGCUGCCUCUUAUAUUGAGGCUAUCAAGAAACAACACAGUGACGCAUGGAUCAACAUUGCGUGUGUUAAUAGCCCGAAGAGCGUGACUGUUUCAGGUGAUGUGUCACUUAUAGAUGUUCUCAAAGAGCGGCUGGAUGAAGCCGAGGUGUUUGCCCGCAAGCUAAAGGUAGGGGUUGCCUACCAUUCAGCACAGAUGGAAGAGGUUGCCGAAGAAUAUCGGACAGCACUUGGGAAAUUGGAUGCACCUACGCUGCAUGACAAGGCUUGUCCGAAAAUGGUAUCGUCUGUCACUGGCACUUGGAUUGAACCUGAGGAACUAGCUAAGCCUGACUAUUGGGUGCGAAAUCUGGUGUCUCCCGUUCUUUUCCUGGAUGCACUGUCUACCCUGUGCUCAAGCUCAGCGGAUCCUCCUAGAAAGCUGGACCGAAGCCAUCUUAGAAGUCUUCCGAUUCAUCACCUACUUGAACUCGGGCCACAUUCGGUGAUGCAGGGAGCUUGCAAGGAUAUCCUCAAGGCCAUCAACAAAGAUAAAUCAACUUCGUAUCUCUCGAUGCUGGUGCGGAAUGUGGCUGCAGUCGAUACUGCGAUGACGGCAGCUGGCCACCUGCAUUCAGCGGGCUAUCCAGUCGAUCUAUCGAGCGUGAAUGGUGGUCCCGGUAGGCAGCCUAAAAGCUUGUCGAAUUUGCCGGAAUAUCCAUUUGAUCAUUCUAAGUCUUACUGGCAUGAGUCGCAACUUAGCAAAGGUCAUCGCUUGCGAAAGUUCGCGCGCAAUGACCUUCUCGGGGUGCCUGAUCCGAACUGGAAUCCCUUAGAAGCACGUUGGCGGCAUUUCAUUCGCUUGGCCGAGAUGCCAUGGGUGGAGGAUCACAAGGUUAAUGAUACAAUCUUAUAUCCAGGAAUGGGUAUGCUGGCAAUGGCCAUCGAAGCUGCCAAGCAGAUGGCUGGGCCCGACAAGAAAAUCGCUGGCUUCAAGAUUAAAGAGGCAAAGUUCAAUGCUCCUAUUCGCGUUCCCUCGAGUUCCAGCGGUAUCGAAACUGGCUUUUACAUGCGUCCUUUGCAGAGUGCAGACUCACGAAGCACGGGUUCAUUUGAAUUUAGGCUCUGCACCUACGACAACGAGACAUGGACCGAGAAUUGCACUGGCUCAAUACAUAUUGUAUAUGCCUCGGAGGACAGCAACAGAGAUAAGGAAAUUGGUCUAGAGCUGCUAGCUGACCAAAUAAGCGGCUACACCGCUGUCCAGCAUGCAGCACAUACACCCGUCGACGACGAAGGUAUCUACGAGUACACAAGCCGUUGCGGGCUUGGAUACGGCAAAUCAUUCCAGCUGGUGACCUCGCUGGCGUGGACCCGGGAUGAUGAUAGCCAGGUUACCAGUAAGGUCAAGAGGGUCCGCGAAGGCGCCGAGACAAUCCAUCCUACGACCCUCGAUGCCAUCAUUCAGACCGCCAUAUGGACAAUGACCGAGUCAGGAACGCAGAUGAUUCCUACCAUGGUCCCCACGCAAAUCGAAGAGCUCUGGAUCUCCGACGAUGGCCUUUCCCAACUCUCGUCUGACGUAUUAAAGGUGCACGCGAUCAAGUCGGACGACGUUCAGCGGGGUAAUUCAGUUGAUAUCAAUGUGUUCGAUGAGGAGCUGCAGCACGUUUUGGUCAAAGUCUCGGGCUUUAGGUCAAACGUGGUCAGCGCAGCAGUCGACGAUGACGACGAAACGGUGACCCCAUCUCAGGAGAGACUAUGUCAUCACAUCGAAUGGAAACCGGACUUGGGUUUGCUGAGAAACGAUGAGAUUACUGAUCUCUGCGCGAACACACUAGAGGAAGACCGUUCAGGGCCGGGCGCCACCUUCUUCACGGAGCUGGACUUUGUCCUGACUGCUCGUAUUUUACAGACUCUCCGCCAAUUGCCCAGCGAGCCAGCUCAGCCGCAUUUGACGAAGUAUAUCGACUGGAUGUGGGAGCAGAAGCGGCUCAUUGAUGAAGGCCAAGUCCAGUUCGCGGUUGAGCCCUGGAAGAGUCGGCUGGACGACAAAGACUACAUACAUCAGGUCGAAGAACGACUGCUCGAUGAGAACAAACAAGCGAAUUUGGCAGUGUCGGUGGCGCGCAACCUGCCACUCUUUCUGACUGGCGAGCUCGAUCCUCUGGCUUUCUUGUUUCAAGGUGAUCAGAUGAAACGCUUUUAUCAGCAGCUCCUCGAUUCAGAUGGCCUGAGGCGAUUUGGGACGUAUCUAGAUCUCCUGGCCCACCGCGACCCCCAGAUGAAGAUCGUCGAGAUCGGCGCCGGUACUGGUUCCUUGACAGAAAUAAUGCUUCGAUAUUUGGGUCGCGGUGGCGGGUCCUCCAAUGACCGGCGAUAUUCCCGCUGGGAUUAUACCGAUAUCUCGCGAUCCUUCUUUGGCGAGGCUCAGGACGAGUUCCGCGGGGAGGGCGAGCUGAUGCAGUUCCGUACGCUUGACAUUGAGAAGGAUCCGGAGGCUCAAGGUUUUGAGUGCGGGACCUAUGAUGUUGUUGUAGCGUCACUGGUGCUCCAUGCCACAGUGGACUUAAAGAGGACUCUGACAAAUGCUCGCAGAUUACUGAAGCCCGGCGGAAAACUCAUCUUGUACGAAAUCACCGAGACCCAAGUCAUUCGCACAGCCAGUAUCUUCGGUCUUCUAGAGGGCUGGUGGUUAAGCUCGGAGCCGUAUCGAAAGUUCGGGCCUUGCGUCGACAAGAAGCAGUGGCAUGAGCUCCUGCAGCAAACCGGCUUCUCGGGGCUUGAUGUAGCGCUGCCGGACUACGACGAUGCCCGUUGCCAUGAAAGCGCCUUUCUUAUUUCUUCCGCUGUGGCAGAUACUACAAAGCAAGUGUCCUUUGGUAGUAUUGAGAUUAUCUAUGAUGCCUCCCAGCCACAGCAAACAGAAGUCGCCCAUUCCUUGGCUCGAGUUUGUCAACGGCUGGCAGAGUCGCCCGUUCAAUGCGUUCCAAUUGGCGAGUCUCAGAAAGACAUUGCUGAUACGACCUCGCUGCGAGUGUUCCUCGUCGAGCUCCUGCAUCCGUUACUCGUCGAUAUCCCAGCAGAGUCUUUCGAUGAACUAAAGCGUCUGCUGUGCUCUACAGCUGAUGUCCUAUGGGUUAGCUCCGGCGGCGGUGCUCUUACUCCUAGGCCUCACCUGAGACUCGCUGAAGGGCUUCUCCGUGUGCUGACUGCGGAAGAUGACCGAAAGAGCUGUUAUCUGCUGUCUCUUGAAGAAGCUAGCCCUGACCACCAACAGGGUCAGAUUUUGAAAAUCAUUGAACUGCUAGUCUCGUCGGGAAGUAUGAAGCAGGAUACAGAGUAUCUGGAGCAACAAGGCCUGCUGCACAUUGGCCGGUUGGUCACCUCUGCACAGCUAAAUAACCAGAUUGCUACCCGCACAGUUCCCAACCAGCAGAAGAUCCAGCGCUUUUCAGCCGCCGAUGUCCCCCUCCAGCUGGAUACUGUGUCUUCCGGACUGGUCCCAGGCUUCAAAUUCAUUGAAGACAAGGCUGCGGGACGCGCCCUGGACCCCGAUGAGAUUGAGGUCGAAGUCAAAUGCGCUGGUCUGAACUUCCGCGACGUCCUAAUCGCUGUCGGCCAGCUGAGCUCGCCUCACAUGGGGUUUGAAUGUUCUGGCGUCGUGGUCCGCACAGGCGAUGCCUGUCAGAAAUUUCAAGUUGGCGAUUCAGUCGUGGCUCUUCAUGGUAGCUGUUUUUCAAACUUCAUUCGUCUGAAAGAGAGUGCCGGCGUGGCCAAGAUAUGGCCUGGGAUGUCGUUUGCAGAGGCUGCAGCUGUUCCAGUCAACUUUGCCACGGCCUAUAUUGCACUUUAUGAGGUGGCUCGCAUGCGAGCAGGCGAGUCAAUACUCAUCCACUCUGGUGCUGGAGGCACAGGGCAGGCGGCUAUCCAGCUUGCUCAGAACUUGGGAGUCACGGUCUUUACCACAGUUGGCUCGGACGAGAAGCGGAAAUUCCUGAUGGAUGUCUACAAUAUCCCCGAGGCGCACAUCUUCUCGAGUCGAUCUACUCUGUUCGCUAGUGCCAUCAAGGCUCGCACAAAGGGCCGCGGCGUCGAUGCGGUGUUCAACUCGCUAGCUGGUGAAAGCCUUAGGGCCUCGUGGGACUGCAUUGCGCCCUAUGGGCGGUUCUUGGAGAUUGGUAUCAAGGAUAUCCUGGCAAAUGACAGUCUCCCGAUGGGACAGUUCCUGCACAAUGUCUCUUUCAGUGCGAUUAAUCUGGCGUCCAUGAUGAAAGAUCGACCUGGGAUGUGUGCAGCCGCACUGUCGGCGGUUUUGGAGAUGGUUAAGCAGGGAAAGAUCCAGCCGGCACGGCCUUUACAUAGGUUUGGUAUCGGUGAGUUUGAAAAGGCCAUUCGGAUUAUGCAGGGCGGGAAGCAUAACGGGAAAGUUGUGAUUGAGAUGCGAGAGGACGACGAGGUGAUGACUGUGUUGAAUCCGCGCCCCACCACUUCGCUCGAUGCAAACAGCACAUAUGUUAUAUCCGGUGGACUUGGAGGCCUAGGUCGCAAUAUAGCCAUAUGGCUGGCGGAUCGGGGUGCUCGAUUCCUGCUUCUGCUCUCGCGAUCAGGAAGCAAAUCCCUCGAGGCUCAACAGCUAGUGCACGACCUCGGAUGUAGGGGCGUCCGUGUGUUGACUCCUUCUUGCGACAUUGCGGAUCCAAAAUCACUUCAGAGCACACUUGAAGCGUGUAAGUCGCAAGGGAUGCCACCAAUCAAAGGAUGCAUCCAGGCAGCAAUGGUCCUUCGAGACGCCCUCUUUGAAGCCAUGCCCUACGCUUCUUGGACAGAAUCACUUCCCCCUAAGGUCCAAGGGUCAUGGAACUUACACCAGCAGUUGCCGGCCGGCAUGGACUUCUUCAUCAUGCUUGCCUCCAUCUCGGGCAUCUCCGGAACCAAAGGGCAAGCCAACUACGCCGCAGGAAAUACAUUCCAAGACGCCCUUGCAGCAUACCGUGUCGGACUAGGUGAGAAGGCCACCUCACUGGACCUGGGAGUGGUUGGCUUCACCGGCGCCGUGGUCGAUGACGUCCGGCUCCAGAAACGGCACCUCAUGGACUCGCCCAUGACCCCCAUCACCGAGCCGGAGAUUCACGCCCUCCUAGACGUCUACUGCAACGCGAGCCCCAUCACUGGUAUCCCCUGCCAAACAACUGUCCGCAUCACCCCAAAUGUCGACAAACUGAGCCCAGGCGAAGCCGACGCAUUCAUGAACAAGCCCAUGUUCCGCCAACUCUUCCAGCAAACUCAAUCGAGCGGUAACAACACAGUCGCAGCAGAAAGCACCACUAACGUCGCCGCACUGUUCACGCAGGCGGAGGCAAUCACCGCGGCCAAUGAAGCCGUCGUCCAAGCCUUGCUGGCCAGGCUCUCCAAGGCAUUGUCAAUACCCAUGGCGGAAUUAGAUGCGAACAAGCCGCUGCAUCAGUAUGGUGUUGACUCGCUAGUUGCGGUGGAGCUGCGCAGCUGGUUUGCGAAGGAGAUGCAGGCUGAUAUUGCGGUCUUUGACAUCUUGGGGAGUGCGACUGUUACUUCUGUUGCGCAGCUGGCGACUAGUAAGAGUCGGUUGGCAAAGAGCUGGGUGGAUAAGUAG